AUGGUGAACCUAUCCGUCUUGCGGCCAGUUCUGGCCACCAACCUCUGCUCAUCCCGCGCUUCCGGGCGGCUCGUCCCUCGCUCGUGGCCGGUCGGUCUAGGCCACCGCAAGUGGAAUUGCACACAUGCGCGAGCUCGCCAGACGACGGCCCUCGUCCCGGCCGUCUCGAGGCCUCUGCAGCUCGUUCGCCAUGCUUCCGUAGUCUCCGGACCUGUCACCACCGCGCCCUACUCCACGAUCGUGGAGCCCCCGUCUGUCCCGUACGCCAACCUUGCUGUUGGCGUCCCCAAGGAGAUCUAUCCCAAUGAGCGUCGCGUCGCGUUAACACCCCAAAAUGUAGCUUUGCUGCUCAAAAAGGGCUUCUCCAAAGUCCUUGUAGAGCAAGGCGCCGGAGCCGCGGCCGACUUCCCGGACGCCGCCUACGAAACCGCCGGCGCAACGCUUGUUGACAGCGCCGAGAAAGUCUGGUCCGGCUCCGAUAUUGUUCUCAAGGUCCGCGGGCCAAUUCCCGCCGAGAUCGAGCUCAUGAAAGAGAAGCAGACCGUCAUCUCCUUUCUGCAGCCUGCGCAAAACAAGCCACUCGUAGAAAAGCUCGCGGCGCAGAAGGCUACCUCUUUUGCUAUGGACCAAAUUCCCCGGAUUUCCCGUGCCCAGGUCUUUGACGCUCUUAGCUCCAUGGCCAACAUUGCUGGAUACAAGGCUGUUCUUGAGGCUUCCAACAAUUUUGGUCGCUUCUUGACCGGCCAGGUUACUGCCGCCGGAAAGGUUCCUCCUUGCAAAGUACUUGUCAUUGGCGCUGGUGUUGCUGGACUAAGCGCAAUCGCAACCGCUAGAAGACUCGGCGCGAUCGUGCGAGGCUUUGAUACACGUCCCGCGGCGCGAGAGCAGGUUCAGUCGCUAGGCGCCGAGUUCAUCGAGGUCGACAUCAAGGAAGACGGCUCCGGAGCUGGCGGAUACGCCAAGGAGAUGUCAAAGGAGUUCAUCGAAGCCGAGAUGAAGCUGUUCACUGAACAAGCUCGCGAGGUCGACAUCAUUAUUACCACUGCCCUGAUCCCUGGAAAGCCGGCGCCUAAGCUCAUUACGAAGUCAAUGCUAGAGAUCAUGAAGCCCGGUUCUGUCGUCGUCGACUUGGCAGCUGAGGCAGGCGGAAACUGCGAGAAGACCAAGCCUGGAGAGCUCUAUGUUUACAAGGACGUCAAGAUCAUUGGUUACACCGACUUGCCUUCACGACUUCCCACGCAAUCUUCAACCCUGUACUCCAAUAACAUCACCAAGUUUCUGCUGUCCAUAGCUCCCAAGGAGAAGCAGUUCGGAAUUGACCUGUCUGACGAGGUCGUCCGAGGAGCAAUCGUCACUCAAAACGGAGACAUCAUCCAACCAGCUCCUCGCAAGGCUCCUCCUCCAGCUCCAGCUCCGCCUCCGACUCCUACCGCUGCCGCUGAGGCUGAAGUCGUCGCAUUAACGCCGUUCCAAAAGACUUCUCGCGAAGUUGCGACCGUCACCGCUGGAAUGGUUGGGGUUGGCGGCCUAUUCAUCUUAGGUGGUGGCUAUAUUCCUCAGACGAUCCCUCAAGUUCUGGGCGCGCUCUCUGUUCUCCUCGCCUUCGUAAAUGUAUCUGGCGGUUUCGUCAUCACGAAGCGAAUGUUGGACAUGUUCAAGCGACCGACUGACCCACCGGAAUACCCGUGGCUUUAUGCCAUCCCCGCGGCCUUGUUUGGCGGAGGAUAUAUUGCCGCAGCUGCUACCGGAACUGCAGGCUUAGUGCAGGCUGGCUAUGCCGUGAGCUCCGUCCUCUGCAUCAGUUCCCUCUCCAGCUUGGCAUCUCAGUCCACAGCUCGAAUGGGUAACAUGCUGGGCAUGCUCGGAGUUGGCUCCGGUGUGCUGGCCUCUCUUCUGGCUGUCGGCUUCUCCCCUGAGGUACUAACUCAGUUUGGUGCUCUGGCGGCUCUCGGAGGUAUUGCCGGUCUUCUUAUCGGCAAGCGGAUCACCCCUACGGACCUUCCUCAGACCGUUGCCGCCCUCCACUCCGUGGUUGGCCUGGCAGCUGUCUUGACUUCUAUCGGAAGUGUCAUGGCGCAUAUUGAUGACAUUUCAACGCUCCAUAUGGUUACUGGCUACCUGGGAGUCCUCAUAGGUGGCAUCACCUUUACCGGAUCGAUCGUCGCUUUCCUAAAGCUGGCCGGCAGGAUGUCUUCAAAGCCGCUCAUGCUACCCGGGAGACACAUAUUGAACUCUGGCAUGCUCACGGCCAACAUUGCUACAAUGGGUGCGUUCGUGACGAUGGCGCCCGGCUCACCCAUGAUUGCUGCCGCGGCUCUUUCAGCAAACACGAUCCUCUCUUUCAUCAAGGGCUAUACCACGACGGCUGCGAUUGGAGGAGCAGACAUGCCUGUCGUUAUCACAGUGCUGAACGCGUACUCUGGCUUCGCCCUUGUGGCAGAAGGCUUUAUGCUGGAUAACCCGCUUCUGACUACAGUAGGAGCCCUCAUCGGCGUAUCUGGUUCCAUUCUAUCGUACAUUAUGUGCGUGGCUAUGAAUCGAUCGCUGACAAACGUCUUAUUUGGUGGUAUAUCGGCACCGCAGCAAACUGACUACAAGAUAGAGGGAGCGAUAACGCAAACAAACGUGGAAGACACGGCUGAAGCUCUCGUCAACGCCGAAAAUGUGAUCAUAGUAGUGGGCUACGGUAUGGCUGUGGCUAAGGCGCAGUACGCCAUCAGCGAAAUCACGAGCAUGCUGCGAGCAAAGAACAUCAACGUCCGCUUCGCCAUUCACCCGGUGGCUGGCCGCAUGCCCGGUCAGUGCAACGUCCUGCUCGCAGAGGCGAGCGUGCCCUACGACAUCGUCUUGGAGAUGGACGAGAUCAAUGACGACUUCAACGACACCGAUGUGACGCUGGUCAUUGGUGCUAACGAUACCGUCAACCCCAUCGCCUUGGAGCCUGGUAGCCCUAUUGCCGGUAUGCCCGUGCUGCAAGCGUGGAAGAGCAAGCAAGUCAUCGUAAUGAAGCGAGGCAUGGCUAGCGGAUACGCCGACGUACCCAAUCCAAUGUUCUACAUGCCUGGAACACGCAUGUUGUUUGGAGAUGCUAAAGUUACUUGCGACGCAAUCAAAGCAGCUAUCGAGGCCCGAGCAUAG